AUGGCGGCGAAAGAGGGGAAGAGCGCGGAGAACGCGCUGCUGGACGCGGCGAAGAACUUCAUGGCCGGCGGGGUGUCUGCGGGGGUGUCCAAGACCAUCGUGGCUCCCAUUGAGCGCGUUAAAAUGCUAAUUCAAACUCAAGAUUCAAUUCCCGACAUAAAAGAAGGCCGAGUGCCGCGUUAUACCGGCAUAGGCAACUGUUUCGUGCGGGUUUCGCGGGAGCAGGGGGCGCUCUCGCUGUGGCGCGGGAACUUGGCGAACGUGAUCCGCUACUUCCCGACGCAGGCCUUCAACUUCACUUUCAAGGACACUUUCAAACGCAUUUUCCCGAAGUUCGACCAGCAAAAGGAGUUCGCGAAGUUCUUCCUGGCCAACGUGGCCUCGGGCGGGCUCGCCGGCGCCGCCUGCCUCACAGUGGUCUACCCACUGGACUUUGCCCGCACUGCGCUGGCCUCUGACGUGGGAAAAGGAGCCGCUAGAGAGUUUUCGGGACUUGCAGAUUGUUUGCGAAAAGUGUAUUUGCGAACAGGCUUUUUUUCGCUGUACCAGGGCUUCGGGGUGUCUGUACAGGGCAUCGUGGUGUACAGGGGGGCUUAUUUCGGGCUCUUUGACACCGCAAAAGCAGUUCUUUUUUCGGACAAGACCAAAAGCAACUUGUUCUUGAAGUGGGCGGUGGCUCAGAGCGUGACAGCAGCAGCAGGAGUCGUUUCUUACCCCUUCGACACAGUCCGAAGACGCAUGAUGAUGAUGGCUGGCCGCAGAGCCCAAGAGGAAAUUCAGUAUUCUUCCACUGUGGACUGUUGGGCCAAAAUCCUCCGCCAAGAGGGCCCCCGCGGCUUCUUCAAGGGCGCCUGGGCGAACGUUUUGCGCGGCGCGGGGGCCGCGCUGGUCCUGGUCUUCUACGACGAGUUCCAGAGGCUCCUCAUGUGA